AUGCCUUCUCUCCGAACAACCGUUUUGGCCGUUGCUGCCUCAGCCAUUGCCGUUGUCAAUGCCGACUAUGUCAUUGACCCCGAGAGUGUUCCCCUGUCUCAACGCCGUGUUUGGUGCCAGAACGAAAUAGAAACCUGCCCAAUGAUUUGCGGGCAGACUAGCAAGGGAGACACCAAGGUUAAUGAGUGUGAUCCUAAAACCCUUACAUACGGCUGCAUCUGCGGCGACGGCAAGCAACCUAACGUGUCUGAAUAUUCCCUGACCCUGCCAUUCUAUGUCUGCCAGGAAUGGGGUAACCAGUGUGUCGAGGACUGCAAUGGAAGUGCCUCUUGUGCUUCUGACUGCCGCCAGAACCACCCAUGCGGUGCCAGCAACCCCAAGAAGUACAACACCACUUCCACAGCUACCGACACAGCUGCCGUCAAAGCGACAGCCAGCGCUACUGACGAUCCCAAUGUUGUCUACACUGGCACCCCAGGAGGCGACGAUGAUGAUGACUCCGACUCAGACAGCUCAACAACAACAAAGACCAACGGCGCCGCCGUCAUUGAGGCUGGGCGCACAUGGGGCCUGACUAUUGUCCUGAGCACCAUCUUCGCUGGGUUCGCCAUGCUCUGA